AAGUGAAUAGAUAGAACCAGAUAUGGAUGGGGGUGGAGUGGGGGGUGGGGGUGGGAAUCAAGAUGUCUACCGCUGGAAGUUUAAGCCACAUUCAAGGUGAAGGUGAUGAGGAUUCACAUUUAAAACAACUGCAGCUGGGUGCUGCUGGUGCUCGCCUUUAGUCCCAGCUUGUGGCAGAGGCAGGAUAAACCCUGUUUCCAAAACUAAAAAACAAACAAACAAAAAGCCCUCAAAACCAAAGCAAAUAACAAAUUGUGAUCAUUCCUUAGGUACUGCUCCUAUCUCAUCUAUCUAUCUAUCUAUCUAUCUAUCUAUCUAUCUAUCUAUCUAUCUAUCUAUCUAGUGUGUGUUUUAUGUCUGCUGUUCUUACCUGUUCAUGAACUUGUAGAGGCCAGACGUUGACCUCAGGCAUCCUCUUUAACUGUUUCACAGGCUUCCAGGAUCUGUCUUUCUUAGCUUCCUAAGGCUGCUAUUACAGGAAUGUACUUGGUGCUCAUGAGUGCUGGGAUUUGAACUUUGGUCCUCACGCUAGCUCAGCAAGCUGUUGACCCACUGAGCCAUUCGCUGGGCCCUCACACUGUUUCUGAGGCAAGGCUUCUUAUUGGGACCUAGGCACUUACCCAUUUGCUUGCCCAUGUGGCGAGGCUCACUGGCAAGGAAGCCUCCAGGAAUCUGCCUCUGCCUCCCAGAUGCCAGUUUCUAAUUUGUCCUCAAGUACUGUGCCCACUGACUACCUCCCCAACGAAGCUUCACAUCUUACCCCAUUUAAAAAAAAAAAAAAAUCUCCGCAGGGACAGGAGCAACUAGCCGAACAGGCAGAGCCUGUACGCACAGCUUUGUGCUUUUUGGAUUUAACCUUCUGAGUUAAAUAACCAUUUAAUUUACAAAGGACAUUUAAAGUCAGUUGGCAAAGAAUGACCAGAAAGGUGAAGGAACAAAAAGGUGACGUGAAUGGGAGAAACUGGCUGAGGACACAUUUUUUUUUUUUUUUUUUUUUCAGGAAAAAGGGAAGGUAGCUUGGGGCUGUGGGUGGGAGGACCUACUGGGACUUACUGUCCCCGUAGGAGUUGAGACAACGUAUUUGGGCGCGGGGAAUAUUCUGUCUAAACCUGGCUUACUCACUGCGUAUGGUUACUGUUUAUUUUAAAUAAUACUGGACAGACCUACGAUACCGUUUUUGGAUAAUGUUUUCUCAUAAGACCCGCCCUUCUACUUCUCCAAACCCUUCUCAGGUUUGGCAGUUUUUCCUUUAACUUGAUUUGCACAAACUGCCAAAGGGAUUGAACCUAGUAAUUACAUCGAAAAUAGAUUUAGGGCUACAAAGACGUGGCAUGAAACUCAAGAGGUUUACUGUCGCUAUAAAAGAAUCCUAAGGUCGGCUGUCCUAACAGUACAGUGCGCCCUGACCACUUUACAGCCGCAGUCGGAGGUAGGAAAGUUUUACAAACACAAUUCGUCAAUUUGUUUAACCUCUCUACGCCAGAGCACAGUACAUGAACAGCUUUAAACGCCCGAGUGUAGAUGACUCCUUUUGAAACUCGGGAGUUUCACAGGCGAAGAGCCAAGUCCUCCCCGUAGGUAGUGAGGACCCGGGCUAUAGUGGCUGAUCCCCAGGGAUGCUGAGGUCUCAGUGGGGUCCGCCCUAGCCUGGCCUCGGCUUCUGGGAUCCAGGAGAGAUCUCACUGGUCGCUGGCGCCAGGCCGGACCUUUAGAGUGAACUGAGAGGCGGAUGAAAGCCGGGCAGGUCACCGAUCGCAAACCUUUCGUCUCCAGACUCAGGGCCACUAGCGAGUCCAGAAGCUCAAGUGUCCGCCGAAGUGGGAGGCGGCUAGCCACGCCCCCCGCUCGCGCCGCUUCCGGCACCCCGGCCCCGCCCCGCGCCGGCGCUGCCACAUCCUCCGGUGACGUCAGCGCGCGCCGCCAUAUUGGGAAGCGCCACCGCCGCCGCCGCCUCCGCUCGGGCUCCUGGGCUGUGUGGGGGGCCACAGCCGCGGGCUGAAGGCUCCCUUGUGUACCCCAUCGACGCCCGGCCCGCCGGCUUCGCCCAGCUCCGGCUCCUCAUGACCGCCUUCGGCCCCGCAGCCCACGGACAUCGCCCCAGCUCCAAGAAUUAACACGGAAGCUCCCGGGGCCGGGGCCGUGAGGGAGAGCCGGCCGGUCCCGCGUCCCUGUCGGUCCGGCGCGGCUCUUGUGCGGGAGCCAUGACCUCGCUGACCCAGCGGAGCUCGGGCCUGGUGCAGCGGCGCACCGAGGCCUCCCGGAACGCUGCCGACAAGGAGCGGGCGGCGGGAGGCGGCGGCGGCAGCGGCGAGGACGAGGCGCAGAGCCGCCGCGACGAGCAGGACGACGACGACAAGGGCGACUCCAAGGAAACGCGGCUGACCCUGAUGGAGGAGGUGCUCCUGCUGGGCCUCAAGGACCGAGAGGUGAUCUGUAAAUCGGAUGCUCCAACAGGGGAUGUUCUUCUUGAUGAAGCUCUAAAGCAUGUUAAGGAGACUCAGCCUCCAGAGACAGUCCAGAACUGGAUUGAGUUACUUAGUGGUGAGACGUGGAAUCCAUUAAAAUUGCAUUAUCAAUUAAGAAACGUACGGGAACGAUUAGCUAAAAACCUGGUAGAAAAGGGUGUACUGACGACAGAGAAACAGAACUUCCUCCUGUUUGACAUGACGACACAUCCUCUCACCAAUAACAACAUUAAGCAGCGUCUCAUCAAGAAGGUACAAGAAGCUGUUCUUGACAAAUGGGUAAAUGACCCUCACCGAAUGGACAAGCGCUUGCUGGCCCUCAUUUACCUAGCCCAUGCCUCGGAUGUUUUGGAAAAUGCGUUUGCUCCUCUUCUGGACGAGCAGUAUGAUCUAGCCACCAAGAGAGUACGGCAGCUCCUUGACUUAGACCCAGAAGUGGAGUGUCUGAAGGCCAACACCAACGAAGUUCUCUGGGCUGUGGUAGCUGCGUUUACCAAGUAACUGUCAGAAUUCAAUGUUUCCUUUUUCUCAUGUGAACCAGUAGUUUUUCUUCUAUUGACUCUGGUUUUCUGCAGUUUGUACUUUCCCACACUAAUAAUUGGCUUUUGUUCUACAAAAUGGUGGGUGGAUAUUUCUUUUUGUAUGUACGCAGGAUUCUGCUGGUACGAGAGGCCUUCCUCUUUCUGUUUGUAACCAACCUUCUCGCCAUAUUGGCACCCUACCCCCUGUUGCCACUCUCACUGUUCCUGUUUUGGGUUUCUGGUGUACUGUGACCUUCAGAGUACCUCCAGCCCCCACCUCAUGCACAGCGUUCUAUUACCUCAGCUUGAGUCUCCCACAUGUGCUUAUUCACCUGGCCUUCUGCCUGCAGUUCAGACAAGUCACAGCCAGGCCUUCAACUCACCAAAGGCAAACAUCUGUAUCUAUUAGGACGUUUUAUACACAAACCUCAGUUGAGAUGUAUACUUAGCAAAAUUAUUUUUCAAUUGAAACAGCACAGUAAAUACAUAAUAUAAAAUGCCCCUUGAAUUUUUGCUUCCUUUGUAAAUCUGUUGUGUGAUUACAGUUGUUAUAAUUUUAGCUGUUCAAUCAUAAUGGUCCAAUUGUUUCACAAAGCCAGUUUGGGAUGGGCUGCAUUCCACUAAUGCUGUAUAUAGUUUGAAUUAUAUAUGAAUCGCCCCUUCUUCUGGCCACCUCUGCCUCAUUUUAGUAUUGAAUUGUGCAUCUGGUGCCCCUCACUUGCUUCAUUCAUUGUUAUCUGAUGGCAAAAUAGAGCUCUCAUUAUUGAAGGAGAGAGAUGUGUGACCCUUUCAGGGCUCUUUAUGAGCUAUGCCCCUCAUGAUAGUCUACCUGUGCAUCCCUUUUGGGACUUUUUUUUCCUCAACUUUUCCUGUUUUUUAUGAUUUGUGUAGGAAAGAGGCUUGUGACCAGUACUAAUCUUGAGUACAGUUUUUUUGUUUUGUUUUUCCACUUUUCUGUCCUUAAGUAAAUUAAUGUCUGCUCUGAUAUAUCGUUCAUCUACUCAUCUUCUCUUGAGAAAAGAAAAUCAGAUAUCAGUCCUAGCAGAUGUUGCAUGUAAAUUGGUAGCAAGUAACGACUACAACUCAAGACGAUUAAGAAUUUUGUAACAGAAAGCUCUGCUAUGUUUUAAUUUUUAUAUACAAUUAUGAUAUUAGCAUACCAUAAGACUACAAACAUCUGCUUUUUAAUGUUGAUUUUAUUCAUUAUCAUUGUUUAUUUACUAUUCGUUUCAUAAUGUAAAUACUAUACAUUGAACAAAUUAAAUGUCAAAUUUUUAUUAUUAUAGUUCAUGUUAAUAGUGGGGCUUUCAGGUGUCUAGAAACUUUUGGUUAACAUUUGAUGCAAAAAUACUAGAUGCGUAUAACUUUAGAGUUGAAUUUUAAGGGACUCCCUAAUAUGUAUACUAUCUUUUUAUCUGGAGUAAUAAAUAAACUAUGAUCUUGAAAGUGCCUGAAUCAGAGCAAGCAUGCCAUUUGAUUUUUGUGCUCUCGUUCUCUUUGCUUUAGGUGAAGGUUAUUUAGUAUGGCACGGUAACAUUUCAGCUGCAAGGCUUGGGAAACUGUCUUAAAAGAACCAGAUAGGAAAUACUUUAAACUUGGCAUGCCACAUAUGGUGUUUGUUGCAGAAACUCAAUUCUGCUGAAUGAAAGCUGUCACUGACGAUACAAAUAAAAGGCGGCAGAACACUAGAGAAGCAGGCAGCGUGUUUGCCACCAAAUGGGUUUGCCCUUCCCUUUAUAAUGAUGUAUAGGGAAAUUAAAGAAUAAAUUAAGAAAAUUUAAUUUUGUUA